UUCUCAUGUUCUGAGUUUGGUCCACGUUUUACCCAGAAAGAACAACCUGUUUUUCUCCAGGAGAGCCCCUCAUCAGAGAAGCCAUAUUCGUGUCCUGAAUGUGGGAAAUAUUUUUCCUGGAAAUCAUCUCUUAUCACGCAUGAAAAAAUUCACAAAGGGGAGAAGCCGUUCAUCUGUUCUGAGUGUGGAAAAUGUUUCCCUUGGAGGGCCUUCCUCCUCAAACACCAGAAAACUCACUUGGCCGAGAAACCCUUCCCGUGUUCAGAGUGUGGCAAGAGUUUUUCUGAAAUAUUUCUUCUCCUGAGACAUCAAAAAACCCACACAGGCGACAAACCCUUCGCCUGUUCCGAAUGCGGGAAAUGUUUUUCCCAGAAAUCAGAUUUCGAGAGACAUCUGAGAACCCACACUGGGGAGAGGCCGUAUUUAUGCUCUGAAUGCAAUAAGAGUUUUUCUCAGAAGGAGCAGCUUAUUACCCACCAGAGAAUUCACACGGGAUUAAUGCCCUAUUUGUGUUCUGAGUGCGGGAAAUGUUUUUCGUUGAAAGCCCGUCUCGUCAUACAUCAGCGAACUCACACUGGGGAGAGUCCAUAUUCGUGUUCGGUGUGUGGGAAAGGUUUUAAAAACAAGUCGAAUCUGUGUAGACACGGGGCUCAGCCGUAUUCCUGUUCUGAAUGUGGGAAGCGGUUCUCCUAUAAGUCUACCCUGGUGUCACAUCUCAAUAUCCACAGGAUUAAAAAGGCUCCUACAUCAGAAACGAACAUCUAA